CUAGAUCCAACCCAGACACGAAAAUCAUACAAUCGACACGAGGCCAGAGACAAAGAAAGGGCCUUCCUAGCCAAGGAAUGGGCUACCUUAUUGCUAUUCCGACCUACGAACCGAACACAAAAGCCACUAUUCAAACCAGCAGACACAAAAUCUCAUUGAUAAUAGCCCCUACACGACUAUCAUGCGCAUCUUUGGCAUUAAACUUGUCAAUGAGUUCCUUCACAUCACCUUCAAACCUCACUUGAGGGAUGCCAAAGGUCCUGACACCACUGGAUAGCUUCACGAAGGGCAAUAGUCUCUACCACCAGGGGAUCAACCACGCCCUCAAAGAACAAUCAUUUCGCUGCCACCACAUUCCCUCCUCCAUCCUUCACAAUCAGCCCUCCCGCUGAAUGGGAAUUAGCACGCACCGCACCAUCCCACAUACAAACAAGAGCUGACAUCUCCUCCUCGUCCUGAUGAUGCUGUGAAGUAACCCAACCUAAGACCAAUCUAUGCUCCGGUAAAAACACCCACUCAUGUACCUGUUGAUGAUAUUGGCGCAUCAGUUGGGAAACCAAGAACUGCUUGCCCUCAAAAGCCGCCCAAUUUCUUGAUUUCCAAAUACGUCAGAGGAGUGCUACCAAGGCCAUAACUUGAUCCGGCUGGGUCAUCCUAAGCAAACAUUUCUUAAGGAACAAAGGGAAGGUAUGUCGUGGCAGAUCUUGCCCCAGAUGAUCCAAACCCGAAUGAGCCUAGAGAGCUGCAGCGACUGCACACUCCCAAAAGAGGUGCUCCAUCGUUUCAGACUCCGCCCAACACACCGGACAGCGAGACAAAAUCUGAACCCUUUUUCAAUCAAGGCUUCCGUGGUAGGCAAAAUACGGUGAAAAAUUUGUCAGAGGAAUAGCUUAAGUUUAGGUGGGAUAUUGAGGGCCCACAUUUUCAUCCAACUCUCCCUAUCCAUCCAGCUCACUCUGGGGCGCCACACCCCUACCUAGCUAUCCACCAAUACCGCUAGGUGAUAGGCGGAAUUGACAAUAAACACAUAAUCACUCGUAUCAUUUCAUACCAACUUAUCCUCGAUACUCAUAGGAGGUAGGGGGAUCGCCAAAAUCUCUCGACUGACCUCAGGAGGAAACAUCUGCUGAAGUGAAUGGCGACACCAACCGCCCUCCACAGGAUCGAGUAGCUCUGCCACCUUUGAACUCCUUCCUUCUUAAAGCCAAGAAUUUAAAACAGUACCGGAGUUUGUAUAGAAUAAAUAAACGGUACUUGAUUUUGUUUUUUAAUUCUGGUAUCGUUUCAUAUUAAUAAAAUUUCAUACUAUAUUGAAUUAUGAUAGACAAUAUUUCUGAUCGGACCGACAUUACAAACUACUUAAACCCCAUUUAUAGAAAAAGAGAAUAUUUUUUUUAUGACUUAGAUUUCUUUACUAUUGUCAUUUUUCUCUUCUCACGGUUAGUUAAUCCUCCUUUUCCUUGUACCCAAACAAAUGUAUAAAAUAUAUCAGCAAAUUUCUUUAAUGAAGAAAAAUAAUAUCUCUUUUUCUUCUUCUUGCUUGCAGCUGCUUUCUUCAUGGGUUGCUUUCAGCAUCCGAACUUUUGCCAUAUUAUCAUCAGUCUUUCCAACCCUUUAAUAGAGAGAUAGGAUUUGACCCACAAAAAGGAAAAUCAGAAGAGAGAAAAGUGAAAGAAGAAGAAAAGAUUAGAAAGAGAAGAAAGGAAAAAGAACCCACAAGAGAAGGCAGAAUGGAGCUCACUCCCCAACAUGGUUUCUUAGAGGAGUUGCUUCAUCAUCAUCAUCAUAAUCAGGCUCUCCCUACAAGAGAAAGCUGGUCAACUUUUCCUCUUGCUGCAGCUGGACCUACUUCUUCUUCUACUACUACUUCUACUGAUAAUCUCUUCUCCAAUGGCUGCUGGAGCUUUGACUCUUUUGAUAGCCAUCACCACUCUUCAGCAUUGCCUUCCAUGGCCACCUUCAUUCCUCCCCCACAUCUUCUUCCUCCAUUUCUUCCCUUUGACUGCACUUACGCUGACCAACAAGCUGAUUACCCGUUUUGUCCUGAUGGUGAGUUCAGCAUUGACCAGAGUUCGCCAUCUCUACUAAUCCAACCAAACACAGUUGAUGAGGAAGAGCAGAUUGGGGCACUUUUCUGCACCCAGCAGAAUGUUGAAGAGGAAGUAAAUGGGGACAUGGAAAUGGGGUGCUGCAAACCAGAGGAAACUGCAGGGGAGGACGGGGAUCUUGCUCAUCUCCAACCUUGUAUGGCUAUGGGGUUUUGUGGAGAGAAGAAGGGCAAGUCUAAGAGGGUAGAAGGGCAGCCUUCCAAGAAUCUAAUGGCUGAGAGGAGGAGAAGGAAGAGGCUUAAUGACAGGCUCUCUAUGUUGAGAUCAAUUGUGCCUAAGAUCAGCAAGAUGGACAGAACUUCAAUCCUUGGUGACACAAUUGACUAUGUGAAGGAACUCCUUGAGAGGAUCAACAGAUUGCAGCAAGAAGAAGUGAAAGUAGAAGAAGAGAGUGAGGAUGGAGUUAAGCAAGUCAAGUUGAUCACCAACUUGAAUGACACUAAACCAAGUGAAGCUCUUGUCAGAAACUCCCCCAAAUUCAGUGUAGAGAAGAGAGAAAUCGAGACCCGGAUCGACAUCUGCUGUGCACCAAAACCGGGACUGCUGCUAUCGACUGUGAACACCAUUGAAGCAUUAGGCCUGGAGAUUCAGCAGUGUGUGAUUAGCUGCUUCAAUGAUUUCUCAAUGCAGGCUUCUUGCUUAGAGGGUGGGGAGCAUAGGUCAGUGAUGAGUUCUGAAGAUAUAAAGCAGGCCUUGUUUAGGACUGCUGGCUAUGGAGGGAGAUGUUUGUGAAGGGGGAAGAACUGAAAAGUAGAGAGACAAGAGAAGAGGCUGAAAAAAUGUCUGGUCACAAUCAGAGAUUCUGCAGGGAAACAAACAAUGGAGCAUUUUGCCAAAGUCUGUUGUAGCACUCAUGGGAGUGAUAAAUGGACGUUGUAAUCAGUCCCACCAACUGUACUUUCUAAUCCUCUAAUAAGUAGUAGUAGUAGUAGAUCUUGUCUCUUUCAUUUUCUCGGCCAACUUAAUCCCUUCAAUCAAGGUGUUUUAUGAUUAGGUUAAGUGAGCUUUGGUCUAGUUAGCUAUCUUUUCCUGCACUAAUAAAUAAGGACAGCAUGAAGAGCUCUGAGGACAAUUUGUUUGAAUAAUUUAGCAGCAGAAGGGCAUGUGGGCAAGAAUGUUGUUUGAAUAAUAAAUGAUUGCAGAUAUU